CAAACAUUAGUGCGGCUGCGGCAGUGCUUGAAUAACAGUCAAACCGUUUGGUGUGUGCGUGUGUAUCAAUAUAAUAACAAAAUAAAACUUACGUAUACAUCGAUCAAUCGUUACUAGCUGCCAAACAACAUACAGAACAUAAACACAAUUUAUAAAUUUUACGUACAUAUUAAAUCAUUUAUAGUAUACAUGUAUGUACUUAUAUUGUGUAUAUAAAUUUAUGUGGAUGUGAAAACCCUGACAAAAUGACCGAAUGGCCGUGGCUGAUGAUAAUACUGGCUCUCAUUAGCACGAUUCAAUGGCCCAAUUCAACAGCACAACACACUUAUGACUAUAAUUCAUACUGGGAAGGAUAUUUAUGGUCUCCUGCAAGGAAUAGGCCGAAAAGAACAAGUUUAUUUGAUCGAGAUACUACAACCACAUCAAGUUUUAAGGAGAAUCAAAAAAAUGAACCUGCUGUUACGAAUAUUAAAAAUGUACAUUCAAGAGAUACGCCAACAACAAACUUGACAAAAUCAUUAUUUAAAAAUGAAAAUAUAAAUACAACCAAUAAUACUAAUAAACAACAUAACAGCAGUUUAAAAUUACCACAAACCAAAUCUUCGUCAAUUGUUUUUCCAAGUUCAAUUAAUGAAAAAAUGCAAUCAGUUAAAAUUAACAAAUUUAUACCAGAACCACAUGUAAUCGAAAAAUGUUCGUUGAACGAAAGCUUUUGCAUCAAAGUUGAUAAUUAUCCACGACAAGAUUUAAUCAAUAUUUUUAGAACCAGCAAAUAUAUGUCAAAUUCUUAUUUUGGAACAGAUAUUGUAAAUGAAAUAACUGAUUUGGAAACAAGAUUAUCUAAUAGUAAUCUCCAACCAUUCUGUGAAUCAAAAGAAGAUGUAAUAUUCCCCGAAGCUGGUAUUACUAAAAACAAUGAAUGGCGAUAUAUUAUACAAGAUCCAAAUAAUGACAAUACUAGUUUUAAACAAGGGAUUCGAGUGGAGAAAUGUAUAAAUGCUGGAACAACAUGCAAAUUUAAUGAUCUUUUACCAAAUGGAUACACAACAACUUGUGUACAAAAAUAUAUCUACAAAAAAUUGGUUGCCAUCAAAGAUUCUAAAGAAAUAUAUUAUGAAAGUUUUAAAUUACCAUCCUGUUGUGAGUGCAUGUAUAGUAUAAAUCCAGAUCUAUUAACAAGAAAGGGUGGACUUGGUGAAGAAUUAGAAGGCAGAAGAUUUCAUCAGAGUGAAUCGGAAACUUCAAAAAGAAAUAAAGAUGUGAUCAACAAGCAAAAUUAAAAAAAAAGGUUAAGAUAGAUACGCAUAUAACAAA